GGAGCCUGAUAUUCCCGAGGAGAUUGAGGAGGAGGAGGAGAUGGAGGAGCAGGGCUGGAUUGUGGGUGGGAAGAGGAAACGGGUUAGGCGUGACAGUAGAGCGGCGCCUCAUCAUAGCUUGCCACAUUACAGGGGUGAGUUUGAUGGAGUAGCAUCAGACGUAGUGAGUUGGACACCCUAUUCCGAAUUUCAUGAGAUGGAAGGGGAUUCGGAUGGGGAUCAUGACGUAUCUGCAGAGGAUUGGGAGGCUCGUUAUGCUGGGCUUGCUCGGGUCCCAUUAGUUCAUUAUGACAUAGUGGAGUAUCAGCAUUCAGAUAGGGUGUUGAGACAGUUUGGUUUGAGGCAGCCUAUUCCCCCCCCCUCCGGUAUCCAUGACUCGGUACAGGCAGGAGAAAGAAGCCUUUCACUACACUGAUUGGCGUGCUGUAUGGUUUGCUGAGAUCGGAGAGUGGGAGCGUUUUGUGGAUCACCCCGAGGUUGUGGUGGCUCAGCAUUCACUAGACACCGAUGACACAGGUUACAUGGACUGGUACGAGCACAUUUCCAGGCGCCGCGUUGGGAAGCCACAGCCUGUGCCACAGCCGCAGUAUUCCACCAGGGAGUUGUUUGACAACCUUCGGGCAUUUCAACUUAUUCAGAAGGGUUUGGAAUGCCUUAAGGCGAUUGAUUCAACCAUCCCUGAAGGCUAUCGCGAGGAAUUUAGAGAGAUUGCCCCGAUAUUUGUCGAGCCGUACUGCCGUUUCAUGCAACAGCUCAAGGGCCCAGCAUACACCCCUCCUGUUUUCGACCAUGUCCAUCUAUCGGCUGUGGCAAAGAGGCCAACUGUUGCAGACGUCUCCCCCCAUGACAUCAUUGAUAUGACACAGCCGUCUCAGCAGACUACACAGGUCCCUACUGUUCCCGCAUCACAGGCCACUUCCUCGAGGCCCGAGAAGAUGGAUGUUCGUAGGCCUGCUGAACAGAAGUGGCUGAUAAGUAAGAAGCUUUCAGAGGAGAAGAUGGCCGCCAUUAGGAGAGACUGGGGAUGGGUACGAGGUCAGCCUGUGGGGCUUCGGGGUGGAAUUAAACAUGAUCUCAUGUUCAAUUUGGCGGAGAAUUCAAUGCAGAGCUUGGCACCCGGUGCUUGGAUAGAUGACCGCAUCAUAUACGGAUACAUGUGGUUGUUACGUGAGCGGGAAGAAGCUAUUGCCGCUGCAGGAGUGUAUCCGAGAAAGCCAAUUUACUACUUCAUGGAUCCAUUUUUCAUUACAUUGGCUAUGGAGCUGGAUUACACGGUUCUCACGGAGCGGGUUAAGCGUUUCUUCGUUACGUGGGGUAGUUGUGGGAUUGGUCCACCAAUCAACGAAGUGGACUACAUAUUUGUCCCGGCCAAUGUUAAUGGGAAUCACUGGAUUUUGAUGGUAUUGUCUGUGAAGGAAUGGGGCGUCAUGGUGUUUGAUCCUAUGACCAACAAAGCUGAACAUGCGAAGGAAGAACAAUGCGUGGUUGGACUGUUGGCGAGGAUGCUUCGUUAUCUUGGCCCCCGACUUACUGUGCCGAAGGAGGACCCUCUAGUCCAGGUCUGGGAUGCAAUGCCGAAGCAGAAUAACUACACUGAUUGCGGGGUUUAUAUUUGCAAGUAUAUGGAUUAUCUCUUGCAAGGAUAUGACCUCUCUACCUUGGUGUGGGACGCUUCAGACCUCGAGGUCUUCCGUUACAGGAUUGCCAAGGAGCUUCAGAAGGGGAAAGCAAGAUCCAUCCCAAACCACCGGAUGAGCCAGAGGGUCUCGCAGCUAGCUUAGGACUUUUAUUUAUUUUCUUAUUCUACGAGGAUUUGUAGGGAAUUAAUUGAACAAUGAUAUCAUGUAGUUAACAUUGGUUUAAUAUUAAUGAAUGAAACAUUUGUUUGCGUUUAUAUCGGUCGUUCAUCG